AAUAAUUUCAUUUCAUACUGUGGCGCUGUGCGUACAUACUUUUCCCAAGUUUUAGCCAAACUUUUCAAGAUCUCGCUGUUAUUUAUUGAAGAUCCAGACCUAAAUAAGAGUAAAAAUGCCCGAAAACGCUAACCUAGUUAACUGCUACAACCGUGGUUGUGGUAAAACGUUUGACCCGAAAGACAACGACAAAGAUGUGUGCCAGCAUCACCCGGGCGUGCCGGUGUUCCACGACGCGUACAAGGGCUGGUCUUGUUGCAAUAAGAAGAGUACUGACUUCACGGAGUUCCUGAACAUCAAGGGAUGCACUCUCGGGAAACACUCGAAUGUGAAACCACCAGAACCUGAAAAGAAGGCUUUAGACAAGGAGUUGGAGAGUAAAGAAGUGAUAGUGGUCCGGGCUCCAGUGACUGGCCCGCAGCUGCCGCGGCCAGCUUUCGAGUCUCCGAUGAAACAACUUGAGGCUCGCAUCUCCGACUCCCUGAAACAGAUGGUCCAAGGAACUACUGAGAAAGCUGUUGCAAGUGACAAUGGUGUUAUCGCAAUCGGCACAACCUGCAAGAACGGUGGCUGCACAACUUCCUAUGAAGGUCCGGAGACCAACAACUCAGUCUGCACAUACCACCCUGGCUGCCCCAUCUUCCAUGAGGGAAUGAAGUACUGGUCCUGCUGUCAGAAGAAGACCUCGGACUUCAAUACCUUCCUCAGCCAGCCGGGGUGCACCAGUGGCACGCAUAAGUGGACUAAAGAGGGCACAAAAGCUGGAGUAAUGAAGUGUCGCUGGGACUGGCAUCAGACAGGUGAACAUGUCAUUGUCUCUGUAUACGCCAAGAAGUAUGAUCCCACAGCCAGCUUCGUCAAAUUGAACCCUAUCAGAUUGAACACAAAGCUGGUUUUCCGGGAAGAAGGAAAUUCGGUGUUUGAAAUAGACUUGGAACUUAGAGGGGUGGUCGAUAUAGAGCAGAGCAGCGCUUCAAUGACGCCGUCAAAAGUAGAAAUUAAGCUGAAAAAGGCGGAGCCAGGAGCGUGGAGCAAGCUGGACUUCCCUCGGGCUCAGCAGAACAAGGAACAGCAACAAGAACCAGCGAAGGAGACUGUUGGUGAAGAUGAUGAUAUAGUGGACUUGGGAGAUGUCGAGGCGGUUCGGUCGUUGGGGAAAGUCAAUAUUAGUGAGGUGCUGCAAUAGAAUAUGUUAGUUGAGGACCAACUUUAAAGCAAUAAAGUACGAGAGAAUGUCGCUUUUGUUUCAUAAGUGGGAGUAGGAGUAUAGACAGACCUACAGUUUUAUAGGGGAAGAGCAGUCCGUCUGGUCGUAAAAAGCAAUUGCACUAAUUUUAACGACUUGAAAAUUGUAUGAGUAUUGAUGAAAAAAUUGGGGAAGUCUGUAUGUUUCUGAUGUAAUGAAUAAUUGAUAGAUGCUUGCCUUUCAACACGAUUGUUCGGGUUAUCAAAUGUCGCUAGUUGUUUGAAAAUUAACUUGUGUUUAUUUUUGAGGAAAACAGUGGAAAGUUGUGUUUGGUUAAUGAUUUUUUCUUCGCAGAUUAUUAUGUGCUGUAAUCUUUUUGUGCAGUUACUUUUUGCAAUUUUGUAUUUGUAAGAUAAAAACUCGUUUAUUUGCGCAAGCUAAUAAAGAGACUGUACAACAUAUAAAA